GUCGGUGAGGGAGCCGCAGCGGCGCGGGGUCCGAGCGCGGCGGGGGUCGCCAGCGGGCGGCUGGCGCGGGAGAGCCCCGCAGCACCCGCGGAAUGCGGGGUGACAGCCCUGAUAACCAGCGCGGGUCUCUCCGAAAGCUACAAGGGAAAAAUAGUGCCUCGAAACGGAAAAUAAUGAUGACAAAACUCCAGGCGCUCCCUCUGCCUCUUUCGGCGUGACCCAGAGCCGAGGCUCCUCUCCUGGCCGCUGCUGCCUAACAAGGGAAGGAGGAGAAACAGCUGAUGUUUUACCAUCUUAAAUCUGCUGCAGUUUUAGUAGUGUUUGUGCCUUCGGUGCAGAGCAUGGAGAAUGAUGAACUUCCGCCAGAGGAUGGGAUGGAUUGGUGUGGGGUUGUACUUGUUAGCAAGUGCUGCAGCUUUUUAUUACGUCUUUGAAAUCAAUGAGACUUACAACAAACUAGCACUGGAGCACAUUCAGCAACACCCCAAGGAACCACAGGAAGGAACCACAUGGACGCACUCCUUAAAAGUACGACUGCUAUCCUUGCCUUUUUGGCUGUGGACUAUAAUAUUUUUAAUACCAUAUUUACAGAUGUUCUUGUUCCUCUAUUCCUGUACAAGAGCUGACCCCAAAACUGUUGGGUAUUGCAUCAUUCCUAUCUGCUUGGCUGUAAUUUGCAAUCGUCAUCAAACAUUUGUGAAGGCCUCUAAUCAGAUCAGUAGAUUACAACUGAUUGACACUUAGAUCAAUUUCUAGUUUCCAUAGCUGUUUUGAAGCAAUUGCAUAUGCCUGAUCUAAUCACAAGACUGAAGUUCUGAGUGAAGGCUGGAAAGAGCCUUUUCUUCCAAACCGUUAAACAAUGAAGAGAGUGACUGUUUUCUAUUUAAAAAAAAAAAAAAAAAAAAAAAAAAGUAACUACAAAGGUUUUUAAAUAUGGGUCUAUCAGAAUGGCCAGAGUGGGAGAGCCCUGUGUGACACUUGAUGGAAGUAUUCCUCAUUUUGCCUUAAUGAUGCAAAAUUGCAACACUCCAUCUGAAACGUCCUGUGGGGAAAUAAGUUUCUGGUCCAUGACUUUACUCCUCUGUGCAAAAAAGUGAUUUCAUAUGUUUUCCCUUGGAGUAAAAUCAAGAUGAUACUUUUGUGGUAAAUGUAAGAGAAAAAAAUCAGAACAUGAUUAUAAAAGCUGCACUUAACACAAUUCUUUGCUUUUUCUUUUUUUAAGUAAUUAAUAUCUACAUCAGUGAUGGUUUUUAAUGAUUUUUUUUUUUAAAUAAAUAAAUUUAGUUAUAGGAAGCAAAGAAUAAAGUUUGUGCGAACCUUUAAAGGGACAAAGGUACUUUUUUUCUGUGGCAGCAUACUGUCUUUCAGUGACCACAACAGUACCAUGCUGUAGGAGUGAGGAGUGGCAAAGGCCUGGAGGCUGGUGCUUUAAAUUCUUUUCCUAUGAUGUCAAAAGCAGAUUAUGCUGUCAUUGGCCUCUAGUCUGCACAAAACUUCAUUUGUGUUUCCUUUUCCUAUCUGUGGAAAUCUCUGAUAAAAUUACAAGUGAUUGGAAUUUACUACCGUUCUAAGUUCACUCCUGACAUGAUGCAAACCCGUGUUCUGGAAGCACUGAUGUACUAGGAACAACUUUGAAUUUGGGAAAGUAACUGGUAUUAGGUUGGGGGGAUGAUACAGACAAGGUUGUAAGACAGAGACAACUGUGUUUCUUCCAGAAGUUAGAAGUAAGGCACCUUCUUAUUAUUGCAAUGAAUGCAGAUUUCUUCAGUCAUACUGAAAUUCCACUGAGAUUUCUUACCAUAGUUUCAACUUCUGUUUUUCAGUGGUAUUUUGGCAUAGCAUUUAAUUCUAACUUCUAGAUUGUGUGUUUUGAAUAAUAUCGAAUCUGUCCUU